CCGGUUGCUGAUUGGUGGAACCUGUCAGGGUGACACUCGGGGAGAAGAUGGCGGCUUUACGCUACCGGCGUUUUCUGAAGCUUUGUGAAGAAUGGCCGGUUGAUGAGAGCAGGGGGGGCAGAGACCUGGGGGCCUUUUUACGGCAACGGGUGGCCCAGGCUUUCCGGGAAGGCGAAAACACGCAGGUCCAGGAUCCAGAGAGUUGUGAUCAUAUGUUUGACAGCCUAAGUAGGAUAAACAGCAACUUCUACAGAGAGAAGUACCCACGGAUUCAAGAUACAAGCUUUACAGAGGUCACAGCCGAGGAAUAUCGUAUGGUGCUGGCCACAGACAGUCUAAAACAGAUGGAAGAGAUGAAAAAGGGAAUGUGGACGAGACUCAAAGAAAAAUUUAAUGCUAAAUCCCCUCAGGAUGGAGCAAAGGACUAAUGCUAUUGUUAAGAGAACAAUCCACUUCCACUGCCCCUUCCUGCACAUACACCAGCUACUCUAUAUACAGAUGCUCAAAUAAACAGGCUCUUUCCUCCAA